AUGCGACCUCAAGUCUCGCUUCAGCUUGAGGAGGACGCGUCCAAAUCACAUAUUUCCCAGGAGAAUGCAGACUAUAUCCGCGAUUUCAUACGGGUAUACCACAACAGGCUGCUCGUGGUGACCCGAGCGCAUGUCGCGACGCUGGUACUUCAGCGGUGGAAGGCUCAGACGGGAUUAUUCAAGAGCCAGCUUGAGGCGGCAAAGGAGGAUGUGAGUAAGGCUGAAGAGGAGAUGGGUCCUAUUAUUGCUUGUACGAUAUCCCGUGAAUGA